AUGUCUGCACUGUGCACCUUACAACGGCGCAGCUGGGCCAUUGUAGGUUACUUCAAUGAGAAUCAAUAUCCUGAUGAGGCAAAGAGAGAAGAAAUUGCAAAUGCCUGUAAUGCAGUUAUACAAAAGCCAGGCAAAAAGUUGUCAGAUUUGGAGCGAGUUACCUCCCUUAAAGUGUACAACUGGUUUGCCAACAGAAGAAAGGAAAUCAAGAGAAGAGCCAAUAUCGAAGCAGCAAUCCUGGAGAGCCAUGGCAUAGAUGUACAGAGUCCAGGAGGCCAUUCCAAUAGCGAUGACGUCGAUGGGAAUGACUAUUCAGAGCAGGAUGACAGCACUAGCCAUAGUGACCACCAAGAUCCCAUUUCAUUAGCCGUGGAAAUGGCAGCAGUAAACCACACCAUCUUGGCAUUGGCCCGGCAAGGAACCAACGAAAUCAAGACAGAGGCCCUAGACGACGACUGAUACAAAGAAGGGGGAGGGUCAAAACAAGAAGUAACUUAGUUUUAGACGUAGCACCUUAGCAGACUUUCCUCGGUCCUUAAUAUGUGUUCUUCUUACAGUAUAACUUUGCAGUUUCUUGUACGUCAGUUAGCUGUUAGGGUCUUGUUCUGUGAAGAUGGCAUGGUGCCCUCAGCCUUUGCAUAUACUCUCUCAGUAUUAAUUCCCAGUAAAUAAUCAGUCAACCAACCAACCUCCCUCUCCCAGCCCCAGUGGCUCGAAAAUCUUGCUGCUUUGUCUUAGCAUUCCAAGAAAGUGCUUCCAGGUAUUUUAGAGAGUCCUCAGUUCCAAGUCUUAGGCUACAUUUAAAAUCUUGGAUACCCUUAGACAUCAUGUAAAACUAGUCUGUACGCUUUUCCUCCUCCAAGACUGAAAGGAUGGAAGCUGAGGUAAAGGCACAGGGUCGAUGGACACCAUAUUGGGAGUAUCAACAGAGAGUAAAAAGAACACUAGAAACCCCACUUCAGCCUGGGAAUAAGUGAUUUCCAGCUGCAAUAAGCCGUGCCUCACUGGUCACACAGUGACUUGAUCUAUUUCUUUUGGGUACUGCGCUGAGAAUGUCCAUGGGAAACAUAUUCACACAUUUCGGUUGAUGUCACAUUCAACACAGACAUUCUCUGCUCUCACAAGCUGCAUGGCUUAGUGGAUAAAAUACUGCCUUCUGCCUCUGGGACCAUGAUAGAAGCCCAGCCUGGGAUCACAUGAAAAAUGAGCUGAAUGUCUAAUGGACGGCAGUCCACUUCUCAAAACCACUAUUCAUUAUUUGGCAGGCCUAGCAGUGCCUGCUCCGAAGAGGUCGAGACUCGAUCGAUCUAUCAUAGAAGUUGCGUUACCUUUUGUUCUUCCUCUCACCUUUUCCCCCCUCCAGCCCCUCUCAAAAGCAAUGUUUUCAAAAAAGGGAUUAAGAUAAUAAAUGGGUGAGUUUGUACAAGUCUGUGUAACUACUGCCUGCAAUCCUAACAGGCCUGAAAGGUUAUUGGAGGACUUUGGUAUCUAGUUUCUGCUAGUUAUCAACAUGGCAUAAAUAUUCACCCAAAUAUGAACACUUCUUAAAAGGCAGGAAGAUCUCCUCCUUGAGAUAUAGUGUGUAAUGCUUUUGUGUUCUCUUUACUCUGUCCUUGUUAUGGUGUGAGAAAGCUAUACUGCUACAGACAAUUUAAUUAAUAAUGGGAAGCCAUAUUGAUAAUGGAUGUGGUAAUAUUUGUAAAGCAAACCUACUUUAAGUAGCAGAAACUAACGGAAUUGUUUUUCCUUGAUCAUAUGUAGCACUUUUGUUACUUUUUUCUUAAAGAUAUUUAUAUUUGAUAAAUCUUUUUUUUAUCAUUUGAGAAUUCAAAAUACCAAACGACAAACUUGCAUUACAGAGUCACCCUGUGAUCACCUUGUCAUCUAGUAUCUAAAUGAUGAACUGUGUAUGCAUCUAAGAAAAUUACAUCUGCUGGCAUUGUGUGGAAGUGAUCUCUGGCAUCCUGAUAAAAGUGAUAUGUCACUGCCGGUAAGAGGAAACUGUUCACUGGAAGCAGCAUAGGAUGCGUUAGAGACGGGCUAGGCUGCAUUAUAUCUUUGAAAAAAUUAAUGCAUUUACAUAGCAUUUCCACUACAUUCCAUGUUAUCCUCCCUGCUGUACGGAAAUAGUUUCAGAGGGAAGAUGGCUUAGUUUUGAAGCAUGGCUUUCCUUUGUCUUUUGUUCAUUUUUAAAGGUGAAGGGACGUUACUAUGACUUGUUUUGUUUUUAUUCCUUCCCCUCUCCUCCUCCCCCAGCUUUGCAAGAUGUUUGCAACUUGAAACCAUCAGAUAUAAUUGCAAGCACUUAGAAAAAGAAAGAGAGAAAAAAAGAUGAAAUUGUGGCACAUCAGCAGGUUUUUAGCCAGCCUUAAACCCCCUUAAGGUAAAGACUAACUAGAUCAUCUUUAUGUCUGCUAAUCCGGUGAAAGCUGUUUAGGUAGAUGUGGGAGAUUCUGUGCUUACAGAGGGCACAGAGUUGGCACCUCUUUGUCCCUGUGACUUUGAAGAUAUAUAGGCAGGGCUUGGCCCUGUCGUUCAUUUAUGGAUUUCAUUGGAAAAUGUAUGUGCUUUCUUUAGCAGUAGAUCACUGAAGCAGAAUGGAGCUGUCUUUUUCUGUUUUAUUGUAUUUCUUGAGUAGGCAAAUUCAUGAAUAGCGUCAGGAUAGACUCAGGAAAGAACAAAAUUGGUUCAG